AUGGAGCCGAAGGUGUAUAUGCCAGAGAACCAUAUAGCCGACAGUCUGGCCGUCAGUCUCCCCCCAAUCCCCAAAAGCACCAUCUCAAGCACAACUCUACCCUCUCCGGCUUUCGAAUUGGUAACAUGGGACGGGCCUAAUGACCCUGAAAACCCCCAGAAUUGGCCCCGAUCCACCAAGCUAUUCCGAUCCACAGCGCCACUAGCCGUAAUCUUCUCUAUAACCAUUGCAUCGAGUAUCUUCGGCGCCGCCUCCAGCAUCACAGCCAAAGAAUGUGACGUCUCGGAAGAAGUAAUGAGUCUCGGCGUGACCCUCUUCGUCGCAGGCUUCGCCGUCGGCCCCCUCGUCUUCGCCCCAAUGGCCGAACGCCUCAGCCGCUUCCUGGUAGGCACAUUCGGCGCCGGCGGACUAGCCGUCGGCUCAGGAAUCCUAGCCGACAUCUUCGGCCCGAUCACCCGCGGCGUCGCCGUCGGCACCUCUGCAACAAUCAUGAACCUGGGCAGCAUCAUCGGCCCAAUCGUCGGCGCAUACAUCGUCGACGCCUACGGCUGGCGCUGGACCGCCUGGAUAAAGCUCAUCCUCUGCACGGCCGUAGGGCUAGCAUGCACGGUUCUCUUGCGCGAGUCAUCCCACAACCGCCUCCUCAUAAAUCGUGCAGCACGGCUGCGCCGCGACACAAGAAACGAGUAUCUCCGCGCACAGGCGGAGAUGGCCUCGCUGGACGCGAAGGUCCUGCUGCGGAAGUACACGACCAAACCGGCUCGCAUGUUUGUGCGCGAACCCAUCUUGAUCGUCAUGACCAUCUACCUUACACUGGUGUAUGGCUCGCUAUACCUGUCCUACCAGCUGUUCCCACGGGCAUUCCAGAGCCGAGGGUGGAGUAAACCUGCGGCGACGCUGCCGUUUUUUGCUGUUGGGCUGGGCGUAGUCUCUGCGCUGGGAGCGUUUUCUGCUUUCACGAUGACCUGGUAUAAGAAGCGGUGGAAUGCUGCGCAGAAGGAGUCGGCGGGUGAGUCGACGCCUGCGCGUAUUGCGCCGGAGCAUAGAUUGCCGCCUAUGGUUCUGGGCGCUGUGUUGUUGCCGCCGGCUUUGUUAUGGUUUGGGUGGUCUGGGGGUACACAUUGGAUUUCGCAGGUGGUUGCGUGCUAUGCGAUUGGGUUUGCGCUGCAGACUGUGUUCAUCUGCGGGAUUGUGUAUAUUGUCGAUGUGUAUUUGCUCAACACUGUGUCGGCGACGUGCGUCCAUGUGAUGGUGCGGAGUGUGGUCUCGGCGACGUUCCCAUUAUUCGAAGGCCCUAUGUAUGAGACGCUGCAUAUAAAUUGGUCAGCUACUUUGUUGGCCGGCUUGUCGACGCUGAUCAUGGCGUCUCCGGUUCUGUUCAUAAUUUAUGGCUCUCGCGUUCGAAGCUGGAGCUGCUUCUCGGUUAGUGGUGUAUAG